UGGGAAGUGAUUUGGAGCGACCCGCCCCGAGCCAUAACCGAGUCCUCCGCAAACCAGAAAACUCAGGCUGCCGAGGACGCCGACGGUGCGUCUUCUGCUGGUGGUCCAGGAAAGUUACAAGACGGCACCCGUCUCAACACUGUUGAAGAAGAGGAGGAAGAGGAAGAAGAAGGUAUAGCCUCGACUUGA